AUGGUGGAAGCUCUGGAACUACAACAUCAAAAACGGAAAGCUGCUGCUGCUACUACUGUGGCUUCAACAACAGAGGAAACAUGCAAGUUCUUGGUUGAAUUCAGAAGAAGAUACAUAAAGAAUAUAUAUAGAACGGAUAUAGAUGAUCUUGGAUCGAUUCUGGAGAGUUCAGGCAUUGACGUCUGGACUUUUAUCAACUCUGUGAUUUUAGAGGCUUCCUUGUAUUUUGGAGCUGAACUGAAGCAGCGGAGAGAGAAGAUUGUUGAAAUGCUAUACGCGUCGAUGCAUGACGUGAAAGAUGGAGAUGGAUAUGGAAGUGGGUCGACGUCAACGAUGCCAAGGUUGAUUCAUGGAGAUGAAGAUGAAGAAAAUGAUGUAUUGAAUCCAUAUGCAAGAUUGUUCGACGAUGAAGAGAAGAAGAUUUUAGAGAUUAAACAACGUCUUGAAGAUCUUGACCAGUCUGAAGAUUCUCUGAUUGAUUUGCUUCAAAGCUUAGCAGAUAUGGAUAUAACCUUCAAGUCACUCGAGGAGACUGGUAUUGGAAGACAUGUCAAUAGUUUGAGAAAGCAUUCAUACUAUAAUGUUCGGAGAUUAUAG